UUUGAAUUGUAUAAUGACGAACCAAAUGUCAACAUCUUUCAAUUUCUUUGCCAUCUUGGUUUUAGUUGUUGCAGGGCAAUUAAUACAGGUAGAAGGUGAAUGCACAAUAAUUGUUGGUAGUUGUGCAAAAAUAGAUUGUGCAACUCAUUGUCAAGCAUAUGGAAAAGGUGUUGCUGUUUUAGGAUCCUCAUGUUCAUUCUACAACUUAUGCACUUGUAGUUAUGAUCAGCCACCACCAGCAUUAUCAUCACCAACUGGUCAUUGUGAUAUUGGGAUGGGAAUUUGCACUGAUGACUGUCUAAGUGAUUGUUGCAACAAAAAGUGUGUUAGUAGAUAUAGUAAAACAGGUGCUGGGGUCUGUGUUAAUGCCUUUCAUAUGCUUUUUUGCAUUUGUAACUAUCUUCGUUGAGUUUGAUCUUAAAGGAAAUACAAUAAGCAUAUAUGAUAUAUUCCUAGCGAUUUCAAAUGUAUUCUCUUCGUGAUUUUAUUCAUCAAUUAAUUGAUAUAUAGAAUAAUUGACCAACCGAAUAGAAUAUUUUGUAAUAAUUAGUUAUAAUAAGGAGGGUGUAUUGAAUUAAGAAGAUA